ACAUACCUAGAACUCUAUAUCUCUCAGUUCGUUACCUUUUACAGAGAGAAAUGGAACAAGAAAUUUGCAUUAUUGAUGCCUUCGCCCAUGGUCCUUUUACCGGCAAUCAGGCGGCUAUUUGUCCCUUAAAAUUUGAUCAGGACUACGAUGAUACUUUUCUAUUAAAUAUUGCUCGGGAAAUGAACCUAUCAGAAACAGCUUACAUUAAAAUAUUAAAGGAUGGCGAUACCUUUGACAAAUCUUCAAAGUUCGGUCUUAGAUGGUUUACUCCUGAAACAGAAGUACCUUUGUGUGGUCAUGCAACUUUGGCGAGUGCUGCUUCUCUUUUCUACACACUGGGAAAUAAGAACGAAGAAAUUGAAUUCGUCACAAGAAAGAGUGGUAGUUUGUUUGCAAGAAAGCAUGGAGAAGGUAUAACUAUUUCAUUGCCUUUGGAUAAAACAUUGGAAAGAAUUGAGAGUAUUGAAGGAGAUUGGAAGAUAGUAUGCGAUGAAGUUUCGGGUAAUUUACCUAUUGAAGGCGUCUAUUUAUCAAAGAAUCUGAAAUAUGGACUUGUUCACCUAAAGGAUUCAGUUAGUGCUGAAGAGUUUGAAGCUUUUACGCCAAAUUUUCAUAGGCUACUAAAUACAAGCGUUACUGAAUGGAUAUCAGUGACAAUGAAAGGAGACAAAUUCAAGGAUAAAGAAGGCAAAAGCUAUGAUUUUGUUUCGCGAAUGUUUGCUCCUUGGUUAGGAGUAAAUGAAGAUCCCGUUACUGGUUCAGCACAUACGACUCUUAGUAGUUUUUGGUCUGACAUCUUGAAUAAAAAGAAAAUGAGAGCAAGACAAGGCAGAGCAAGAAAAGGCACCGUAAACAUAAGUGUCUUAGAUGACCGUGUAGAGUUAACUGGGAAUGCUCAGGUCACGUUGAAAGGUCACCUUCUACUAUAGAUGUGAUACACAAUACAUUUAGUAUCUUUAAUCUUAACAUAAGCCUAUAACCAGCUCUUGUUCUACAAUUGAGUAAGUUGAGGAAUACAAUGCGUUCUAUCGUUAGUUUUUCUCAUUUACGAUCAUUCGGCAAACCAUGCCAAACAAAGCGACCUUUUGCUAAAAAGCCAGUGCGUCUUUAGGCCUAACCUUAAACGGGUUGAUACGUCUCUUUUACAAGCUCAAUGGAGACGGUCACUGUAUUAAAUCUAUUCGCCCUGUACUAAAGUAUGACGUCAGUUUUUUUGUACUCUGCAAAAUAAUGCAUUCUUUUUCUCCUUCAUUGAUCUACAACUGGAUAUUGUAAGAAAACGAUUCUCUUAUGAUAACAAUGAAAACCAAGUAGGGGGUUGGUAAGAAUCAACGACUCAAUCUACUAACAAACCUGUCUAAUUAUGUUUUAAAACCGUACAAGAGUAGUUUUCAUUUCAAUUUUACAUGCUUCUCAACUUCAAAAUCGUGACAAAGGAAAAGAAGUAUAUAGAUAUAGUAUCUAGGAAAUAAAAAAGGAAGAAAACUUAUAGGAAAGGCGGAAGAUUUGAAAUUCUAGGAUUUACUACUUAGUCCUGUAAUUAGAGAUAUUAGAAAUUCCAUUUUGACACAAAUAAGGAAAUGAGAAUAACUUAUUGGCUAUAAAAUGUUCAGUUUCUUUCUUUUGGUAAGACAUCGUUGAAGAGAUGUCAAAAGGUAUUAAAAGAGAAAUUACAAUGGAAAGCGACUGAUAUAUCACAUCUAAGAGACGCCACCUAGUUAAGAAUUCUGAACUACGCGAAUAAUAAAAUUUUUGCACGUAUAUAAAACUGAUCGUAUAAAGAAGUAAGGUUCAUAAUAAUUCUUUUUUUUCUUUAGCCCAUUGUCUGUUUCUUCCCUUCCGUUCACUAGCCUAGCUUUUAUCUAUUUAGAAAAAGAUACGGGUAGGAAUUUCCCGCCGCAUCUUAUCUAAAAAGCCGACUAAAUUGAGAGUGUAGCAACAAAUUAGGCUUAUCUGCGAAACAUCUGGCAGCUAGCGCCCGGCAACGGCGUUCGAAUUGUUUACGUAAAUCGCAGCACCUGUUCAUUGAUUAAUCCUGUAGAAUAUACGCGCUAUAUCCAUUAUUGUGCCGUAUGUAUAUAUACAUAGAUAAAACAGCUGUUCUAUAUCACAGAUCCGGUAUAAAAAAGAAUGAAAAUCAAUUGAAAGAGCUAGUUCAAUGACGGCGUUUAGCUCUGCCUUCCGCUUGAAUAGUUCUUGUACACAUAUCGACACAUUCGGCAAAGUCUGGCUUUUCGUCGUGCUCGUCUCCUGCUAGGCGGGCUAGGGCGAGAAUAUAUGAGGAAGCUAUCCGUAGAAUGGCCAAUUUUGAUAAUUUUUGAUUGUAGGAAUAAGAUGGCACGGCUCUUCUAAGAGUUUCAAAGGCAGCACUAAUUGUGUGAACUCUGGAUCGUUCCCUAGCGUUUGCUUCGACUCGACGUUCCCUUGUCAUAUUUUUGUAAUUUUUUCUUGAUCUUUUACUAUUUGUAGCGACUUCUUCCCAACAUCUUUCUUUGUUUCCUUCAUCUUCCAUAUCGUCUUCCUGCUCUAACCUAAUACGUUUCCUCGGUUCACUCAUCUUACGCUUGUUACGGCGUUGUACUUCUUCCAUUUUCUGACGGUCGAGUGUGCCAGGUGCAGAACAGAUAAGCCAGGCGCCACCUGCAACCGAACCGACCGAGCUUAACAGGUGCUGCAGCACGGUUCCAGAUCAAUGCCAUAACUACCUCUUGACUACUGCCAGCUGCGCGACUCUGCUUUCAGCCUACAUAAUACGCUCUAUAUGGGUGCGGCUUUAUUAUUAUAAUAUUUUCUCUCUUAGAUUCAAAUACUAGAUAAAAAGUGUAUUUAAAAUAAGAUGAGAUUCCCUUCUUUAGUUUUCGGUUCCCUUUUCUUAGUGACCUCCUGCCAAGAAAAAGCUGGUGUAAUCCUAUAUACGUUGGCAAGUCGAACCCUCCGACCGCCUAAUGCCAACCAGAUGGACAGCUUUUACUAGGUGGCCAAGUCGAUUUGGUAAGUGGAAGAAAGAUGCAAGGAGGGUUCCAUUACUUUGAAAUACUGUCGAUAGAUACGCCAUCUUUUGAACUCCCAUGCGAUAACUGCAGGUGGCGAUAUUCAACUCGUGUAUAAUGAGUGGGUCGGCAAUAUUUAGUUUAGCAACACCAUAAAAAUCAUCUAGACGCCUGACACCACCAGUCCAAGUAUUGGAAGCCUUAUGAUGUCCUUCACGGCAAUCCACGCAGAUCGUAAGAACGCAGAAGAGUGAGCCGUACUACCUUCGUCAAGUGCAUCUCCUACUACAACAACAAUUUCCGGUUUGAAGAAAGUUAUCACAGUUUCAAAUGUUCUUCUAACAUAUCUUUUUGGAAGGGAAGAAAAAAAAAUGAAAGAAUAAGCUUAAACUUUUAUUUCUUUUAAUUUUUCUUUAAAGUUUUUUUUUUAUAAAAACAAAGAAAAUAAUUGAAAAACUAUGAAAAUAAAUACGA